AUGCCUUCGGUGAAUCCCACGUAUGCGAUAUUGAACCUGCUUUCCGAGGUUUGCGACACACUCCUGGACCCAAGGGACCCCCGAAGUCAAAAUCAAGUGUACCAGAAUCGACUCAAGGACCUUGAGAGAAGGGUGGGGGGUGUCUCUAUCAAACCCGCCAUCCCAUCCGGUUCAGAUCCUGACGCCGCAUUCGCUAUAGAGCUGUACCAGACGGCGACACAGAUUUAUCUCGUGCGGGCAUCCCAGAGCCCAUGGGAACCACCUGCAAAUCUUGAUGCUCUGAUAGAGACAGCAUUCUCGGGGCCUGUCCAGUCAUGCACUUGCGAGCACUUCUUUCCUCUCUUGAUUCUCGCUUGUGAGGCGCAACGAGAUGAACAGAGAAUUGGUAUCAUCAACCUGAUCGAAAGGACCCAAAGGGAUGUUCGGAUAAGAAGUAUACAAGCGGUCAAGAACACGAUACAAUCUAUUUGGGUGCAGCAGGAUCUUCACAAGGAUGACGAUGUGUUGAUGGAUUAUCUUGGGAUAUUGAGUUCUGCAAUCAGCUCCAGCAACACGGUGCCGUCCUUCGCAUAG